UGGAGCCGUGAGAUAUUAUUUGAGGGAGAGAAAAAGAGCCGUCAUUGAAUGGGGGGAAGAUGGAAGCCUUUUCGCAACCUCGCUCGCUUCGCCGCCGCCGGCAAAUCCGGUUUUACUCCGACGACUUUCCCUUUAUUUCAUCCUUCUCCGACGACGUCCGCUAAACAACGUUUUUGUUUAAGUCAAUUUUCAUCAAUUCCUUCUGCCGCCGCCACCAUAUAUGCCGACGAAUCAGAUUCUAGGUUUCUUGAUUUUGAUACAAGGGUUCAGACCCAAGAUGAGGAAGCCGCCGAGACUUUGAAAAUACCCAUUAAAGCUUACUUUCCUUGCACAAGUAUUAACUUGAAGAGCUUGCAAGCAGAGAAUUCAAGCAAUGUUGUUCCAGCUAGUUUUCGAUCAUCGAAUCAUAUUGCUCUCAGAUUUGGCAAAUUUCCAUUAAAUUGUCUUGGGUUAGAAAACAAUAACAUAAGUUGCUCAAUCUAUAUGGUGGUGUUUCAAUAUGGUUCAAUUAUCAUGUUCAAUGUCGAGGAUCAUGAAGUCGAAUGUUAUCUCAACGUUGUUAGAAGACACAGUUCGGGCUUGUUACCUGAAAUGAAGAAAGAUGAUUAUAUGGUGAAAGAGAAGCCGAAGUUGACAGCAGACAUGAAAGGCGGUUCAGAUCAUAUUAUUUUAAGAAGCCUGGAUAUUGAUAGCGUUCGAAUAAUUGGCAGUGUUCUUGGCCAGAGUAUUGCCCUUGAUUAUUUUGUAUCACAGGUUGAUGGUAUUCUUGAAGAAUUCACAGACAUUAAUCGGGUUAUGGAAAAAACGGGUACUUUUGUUAUGGAUCGAAGAAAGUUGUUUCAGCUUAUGGGAAAGGCUAAUUCUAGUUUGGCCGAUGUCAUUCUCAAAGUAGGACUUUUCGAAAGGUCAGAAAUUGCUUGGAGGGAUGCGAAAUACGCUGAGAUAUAUGAGUACCUUCGAGAAGAGUAUGAGAUCACACAACGUUUUGGAAACCUAAAUUAUAAAUUGAAGUUCGUCGAGCAUAAUAUUCACUUUCUGCAAGAAAUUCUUCAAAAUAGGAGGUCGGAUCUUCUUGAAUGGUGCAUUAUAUUCUUGUUAACAAUCGAAAAUGUUAUUUCGGUAUACGAGAUAGUUCGCGAAUCAACCUCUGGUUCGGUGUGACCACAACUGUGGAGUUUACUAACAAUUUAUAUGGAUUUUUAUUAAUGUUAUAGCAUUUCUAACUGUAAUUCUUUUCAAAUUAUAAUAUUUUGGUUAGAUUUUUUACAUUUAUUUUUGUCCUACACUUACAAUUACAUUAUUUAGUUUACCUCUUAUUGAUUUAUUACUUAGUGACUUUGAAAAACAAAUGUAUUUUAGGC